AUGAUGUACUGCAUGAUAUUUGCACCGAUCACUGGAAAAGACAACCAUGGGAGACCUGUAGCAUUUAGCGCAGGCAUAUUAUCUAAAGAAAAUGCUGAUUCCUUCUCAUGGUUGUUUGAACGUUUUAUCAAAUGUAUGGGUUCUGCACAAAAAUUGAUCAUUACUGAUCAGGAUUUGGGAAUGAAGGUCGUUGUGGAAAGAGUCCUUGUUGAUACAAGACAUCGAUGGUGCAUGUGGCACAUCAUGUUUAAGGUUGUGGAAAAGUUACCAAAGAAUCUACUUGGCAAUGAAGACUUGAAAAAGAAAAAGAAGUUAAACAAUUGUGUGUGGUCUGAGUUGAUAGAGCCUGAAGAAUUUAAUAAAGAAUGGAAUAAAGUAAUGGAAAAAUAUGGGCUUAAGGACAAUGAGUGGUUUUCCUCGAUGUUUGCCUCACGAACAUUUUGGGUGCCUGCAUUCUUUAGGGAUUUUCCAAUGAGUUCACUAAUAAAGACCACAUCAAUAUCUGAUUCUCAGACCAUAUUCUUCAAGAGGUACUCCAAGUCUCGUUCUAAUCUUGUUGAAUUUCUUAUGAAUUACAACAUUGCAUUGGAUGGCCAAAGGAGCAACAACAAUAGGCUAGAAUACUUGGAUUUUAACACAAUUCCAACUUUGAAAACAAAUUCAGCCCUCGAGAAGCAUGCUUCGACAAUAUAUAGUGAUAGUGGUUUCAAACUAAUUCAAAGUGAGAUUGAGGAAGCAGUUGACAAUGUCACUAUGGUGACAGUGUCAAUCAUUGGUGAGAAUGAGAUUUAUGUAGUCAACGACAAGUUCUCGAAGAACUGGAUUGUGUCAUACUCCACAUCCUUUGAUUCAUAUGCAUGUAGUUGUAUGAUGUUUGGGAGGAUUGGGCUUGUAUGCAGUCACAUUUUUUGGGUCUUGAGAAACAAAAAAAUGAAAUUAAUCCCUAAUGAGUUACAUGGAGGACGUUGGUUGAAGUCUAAAUUUGUCAAGGCUGUGCAUUGUGGGUUUGAUGAUGAUAUUGAAAUAUUUAUUGUUGUGGAUGAGAUGAAUCAGGAGUAUAGGGAUAUGCAUGGAGAUUUUUAUGAUAUUGCAUGGCUUAUUGAAGGAGAUGGUGAUAAAAUUCGAGCAUUUAGACAAAUUAUGGCUGAAGGGAGAAAAGAAGUACUUGGAGAGGGAAAUGUGUUGUAA